UGGAAGAAUGCUUCUGUGUAUACGGACACGGUGAGGGAUCCUUCGCUAGAAGCUCCAAUUAUUAUAGGAUUCUCUGUUUUGUACAGUAUCGAAUUCAUGCUUGGAAUUAUCGGUAACAUUGGCGUGAUAUUCUUCACAUUUGGCAAUCGCAAACUACAAACAGUACAAAACAUGUUCAUAUUGAAUUUGGCUCUUGCCGAUCUGAUCGUCUGCAUGUUCUCACUGCCUCUCACUCCAGUCACUAGUAUUUAUAAGAAUUGGUAUUUCGGCGAACACAUGUGCCACUCACUUCCAUGGAUUCAGGUA